AUGGACCCCCCGCGCCCCUACGGGCCUGCCCGCCCCCGCAACGACAGCCAGGACUACUUGCUCAUCGACUCGGAGUUGGGCGACCAGCUCCAGCUCCAGGGCUACCACCAGGCCGGACGAGGAACAGAGAGCAGAUUAGCACAUCGGCGGCAGACCAUCCUCCGCGAGAAGGGGAGAAGGUUGGCAAACCGAGGUCCAGCGUACAUGUUCAGUGACCGGUCAACCAGUCUCUCCAUUGAGGAGGAACGCUUUUUAGAUGCGGCAGAAUAUGGUAACAUUCCAGUUGUGCGCAAAAUGUUGGAAGAAUGCCUCUCCCUCAAUGUGAAUUGCGUCGACUACAUGGGACAGAAUGCUCUGCAGCUUGCAGUCGCCAACGAGCACCUGGAGAUCACCGAACUUUUGCUGAAGAAAGAAAACCUGUCUCGGGUGGGAGACGCGUUGCUGUUGGCAAUCAGUAAGGGGUACGUUCGGAUAGUGGAAGCCAUCCUAAACCACCCUGCGUUCGCCGAGGGCAAGAGGCUGGCGACCAGCCCCAGCCAAUCUGAAAUACAGCUGGAUGAUUUUUACGCCUACGAUGAAGACGGCACACGGUUCUCCCACGACGUCACUCCCAUCAUUCUGGCUGCCCACUGCCAGGAGUAUGAGAUCGUCCACACCCUCCUGAGGAAAGGAGCCCGGAUCGAGAGACCCCAUGACUAUUUCUGCAAGUGCGGCGAGUGCAACCAGAAACAAAAAAACGACUCAUUCAGCCAUUCUAGAUCCAGAAUUAAUGCCUACAGAGGCCUGGCAAGUCCUGCUUACCUGUCCCUGUCUAGCGAAGACCCCGUCAUGACGGCCUUAGAACUUAGCAAUGAACUGGCCGUGCUAGCGAACAUUGAGAAAGAAUUCAAGAACGACUACAAAAAAUUGUCUGUGCAGUGCAAGGACUUUGUGGUUGGGCUUCUUGAUCUGUGCAGAAAUACAGAAGAAGUGGAAGCCAUUCUGAACGGGGAUGUUAAAAUGAAUCUCAGCGGUGGGAAGCAGGGUCGUCCAAGUCUGAGCCGCUUAAAACUGGCUAUUAAAUAUGAAGUCAAAAAAUUUGUAGCCCAUCCAAAUUGCCAACAGCAGCUCCUCUCAAUCUGGUAUGAGAAUCUUUCUGGUUUAAGGCAGCAGACAAUGGCAGUGAAGUUCUUGGUGGUACUUGCGGUUGCAGUAGGGCUGCCAUUUCUGGCUAUGGUUUACUGGAUUGCUCCAUGCAGCAAGUUGGGGAAGAUAAUGCGUGGCCCAUUCAUGAAGUUUGUAGCACACGCUGCUUCGUUCACCAUUUUUCUUGGUCUGCUAGUCAUGAACGCAGCUGACAGAUUUGAAGGCACCAAUCUCCGCCCUAAUGAAACUAAGACAGAUCAUUCAAGACAGCUGUUCAGGAUGAAAACAUCCUGCUUCUCAUGGAUGGAGAUGCUCAUUAUAUCCUGGGUAAUAGGCAUGAUAUGGUCUGAAUGUAAAGAAAUCUGGUCUCAAGGUCCCAAGGAAUAUUUGUUUGAGCUAUGGAACAUGCUUGAUUUUGGUAUGUUAGCGAUCUUUGCAGCAUCCUUCAUUGCAAGGUUUAUGGCAUUUUGGCAUGCUUCCAGAGCGCAGAAGUAUGUUGACGAGAAUAUGACAAAUUUGACAGCUGCUUCACUGGAAGAAAACAUAAAGUACUAUACCUUGGCCAGGAUAAAAUGGGAUCCGUCUGACCCCCAGAUCAUAUCAGAAGGCCUUUAUGCGAUUGCUGUGGUUUUAAGCUUCUCCAGAAUAGCUUACAUAUUACCAGCUAAUGAAAGCUUUGGACCACUACAAAUAUCACUUGGGAGAACUGUAAAGGAUAUCUUCAAGUUCAUGGUCAUAUUUAUCAUGGUGUUUGUGGCCUUCAUGAUAGGAAUGUUCAACCUCUACUCCUACUACUUGGGAGCUAAACAAAAUGAAGCCUUCACCACAGUGGAAGAAAGCUUUAAGACAUUGUUCUGGGCUAUAUUUGGACUUUCCGAAGUGAAAUCAGUGGUCAUCAACUAUAACCACAAAUUCAUCGAGAAUAUUGGUUAUGUCCUAUAUGGAGUCUAUAACGUUACGAUGGUCAUUGUUUUACUGAACAUGCUAAUUGCGAUGAUCAACAGCUCGUUCCAGGAGAUUGAGGACGAUGCUGAUGUGGAAUGGAAGUUUGCAAGGGCUAAACUCUGGUUUUCCUACUUCGAAGAAGGGAGGACCCUCCCUGUACCUUUCAACCUGGUGCCAAGUCCGAAAUCUCUGUUAUAUCUCUUACUCCGAAUUAAAAAAUGGAUUUCUGAACUGUUUCGGGGUUGCAAAAAGGGUUUUCAGGAAGAUGCAGAGAUGAAUAAGAGAAAUGAAGAGAAGAAAAUUGGAAAAUUAGGAAGUAAUGAAGAACUUGCAAAUUUGUCACUUGACAACAAACAGCUUGGUCAUAGAAAACAGUCAAGCAUAAGAAGCUCAGAAGAUCUUCAUCUGAAUAGUUUGAACAGUCCCCCAGGACAAUAUCAGAAAAUAAUGAAGCGACUCAUUAAAAGAUAUGUGCUGAAAGCUCAGGUGGACAAAGAGAGUGAUGAAGUCAAUGAAGGUGAACUGAAGGAAAUCAAACAAGAUAUCUCAAGUCUCCGCUAUGAACUUCUUGAGGAAAAAUCCCAGAAUACGGAAGAUUUAGCAGAACUUAUUAGGAAACUUGGGGAGAAAUUGUCGAUUGAUUCAAAUCAAGAAGAAAGCAAGAGAUAGCAAGAACUUUUUUGUAUGAAGUUCAAAUUCCAAUGCAUUUGAAGCCAUAUUCUUUCCUAUUUUUUUUAUUUUAGCCCUUAUUUUGAACCAUGUAUAGAGAUGAACUCAUUCCGGUUAUUUUUAAUGAAAGUUAACCUUUAUUUUUCUUUUGUUGGGAAGAAAUCAUGAAAAAAUAAAAUUAGAACU